AUGAGCGUCGCACAGGCUCCUGGCACGCUGACGAACAGGACGAUUGACGACUACUACGGUGAUAGCGUGACUGGCUUGCAGCCGCAAUACCGCUCGGGCAGCGCUUGGAACUACGGUCCUCAAUGUCCAGGUUGCUUCAUACAACCAGCCGCAGACGAGGCCUUUGAUCAGUCAUGGCAUGAUGUGACUGCGUCGCCGAACGACCCAGGGCCAAGCAAUGUGACACUCACCUUUACCGGUACCGCCGUUUGGGUAUACGGCGUUGUCCCAAACUAUGUCCAAUAUGCGACGACGUUUGUCAAUGUCAGCUUCGAGCUGGACGGCAAGGUGGCAGGGUUAUACACGCACGUACCGUCGACAUCUACAAGCUACGAGUACAAUGUCACGCUGUUCAGCAACACCGGGUUAGCCAAUACGCAGCACACGCUGGUUAUAUCGCCUCAACGAGAACCAGACACAUCAUAUAUGGCGUUUGAUUGGGCGCAAUACACGUAUGAUGUGACCACAAGCUCAUCUACCGGCAGCAGCACCUCCUCGACUGCAUCAGGAGGAGGAUCAUCAUCGACAUCUGUAGUACAGAGCCCUUCCCAGAGCGCGUCGGGUUUCACAUCAACGUCGAGCCACGCACCCGUCGGAGCCAUUGUCGGUGGGGUUAUCGGCGGACUUGGCCUGCUCGCUCUCGUCAUCCUCGUUCUCCUUCUGCAUCGUCGAUACCGACAUGGCGGUCUGGACAAGAUCAGGAUUGUCCGCGGCGGCGAGGAGGGGCGUGGAUGCAUCGAGCCCGGGGCGCAAGUGGACCCAUUCGUGGAUCCGUCCAUGAGCCAAGUCAACGCGCCCGGGGCUUCACUUGGGCCUCAGAGAGGUCACAAGAAGGGAACCUCGUCGACGAGCCUGUAUGUCCUCCCCGUGGACACCCCUGCCGCCUCUAGAGACGCCCUCGCUCUGCCCCCGUCAAACACUCCCGGGAGCGCCGCCCCCACUAGCGCCGCUCCUCCCACGGAUUCUCCUGCAUCUGCGAUCCCUCGAAGCGCACGCCGCCCGAACGGACGAGGCCCAAAAGCAUCCAUGCGCCGCGAAGAGCUCUCUCGCCAGAUGCGCGACAUCGAGAGCGCCGUCGCCGACCUGCGGCGGCGCCAGUCAGCCCAGUCUGCGCGCACAGUCUCAUCGCGGCCGGCGAGUGGUCCUAUCCCGCCGCUGCCGGGCAGCCCAGAGCUGCCCCCGGAGUCCGACGACUCUGACGAGCUGAGGAGGCAGAUUGAGGCGCUGCAGCUGGAGGUGGAGAGGCUAAGGAUGGAGCAGGAUGUGACGCUGAGCGAGCCGCCGCCGGCGUACGUGUACGAGCAGGAGGAUCGGGAAGCUCGGGAGAGUUAG